UUUACACAACUGCGUCGUUUUUCUGUGGGCGUGGAUCUGCCUAAAUAACGGUGCGGGCCACACUUCAGGGUUUUCAGACAGAGACACUGCAAGAAGGAAAAACAGCGUCAUGCCAGAAGGGUAAAAGCGGCGAAGGGGGUCGUUUUCGCUUUCUCGGGUUGACUUAUUGAUCCGCAGUGAUCGGGCACAUCUUCAUCUGCAGUCUUUCCCUGCAACGUUAGUCCAUGCACGAAGAAAACUCUCGACUUUAAUUAAGUCACAGCAGAUGUUGAAUUUGAGGUGCGAAUCGCUGCGCGCGAUCGCUUUGUAAUCGUAUCACGACUUUGGACAAAUUUGCGUACAAACUAACAGACCACAAUGUCGCACGUUGAUUCAGGGCCGAAAAAUGACUCGGACUCGGAAAAGAAGUGUGAACCAGCCCAGGACACUUCAUCAGGAGAAAUGGACGUCCCUAAAACUAAACUCUUUGAUGCCAAGGCAAUCUUAUGGACUUUUGGCAAAUGUGUUAUCCAGCAGGCCUGGCCGUAUAUUGGUCAGUAUUUGGAGAAGCUGCUGAUGGAAACCAUUGCUCCAUCCAUCCGUGGCUCCAGCAGUCAUCUGCAGACACUCAGCUUCACGAAGGUCGACUUUGGUGGCAAGCCGAUGAAGGUGGUUGGAGUGAAGGCCCAUACAGAAAAUGAGAAAGGUCAAAUUCUGCUUGACGUUUACAUCAGUUACGUGGGGGAUGUUGAGAUAAACGUGGAGGUGAAGAGGUAUUUCUGCAAGGCUGGUGUGAAGGGAAUACAGCUUCAUGGAAUGAUGCGUGUGAUUUUGGAGCCGCUGAUCGGUAAUGUCCCAAUCGUGGGCGCUGUGACCAUGUUCUUCAUUCAAAGACCUAAACUGACCAUUAACUGGACCGGUUUGACCAACCUGCUGGACAUUCCAGGACUCAAUGUGAUGUCAGAUACUAUGAUCAUGGACGCGAUUGCGUCAUUCCUGGUUCUGCCCAAUCGUCUCACUGUUCCUCUAGUGGCAGACCUACAUGUGGCACAGCUGCGGUGCCCUUUACCCAGGGGAGUUGUGCGCAUUCACUUGGUGGAGGCUGAUGGCCUGGCUUCGAAGGAUAACAGUGUGAUGGCGGGUAUGUCUGACCCGUAUGCCGUGCUCAGAGUCGGCCCGCAAACCUUCAAAUCCCGCCAUCUGGACAACACGCUCAGUCCCAAAUGGGAUGAAAUGUAUGAGGUCAUCGUUCAUGAGGUGCCUGGUCAGGAGCUAGAGGUGGAAGUGUUUGAUAAAGAUCCUGAUCAUGAUGAUUUCCUGGGCAGAACAAAGUUAGACUUGGGGAUUGUGAAGAAAUCUCAAAUAGUGGAUGAGUGGUUCACGUUGAAGGACACCCCUACAGGACGGGUUCAUCUCAGACUGGAGUGGCUAACGCUAGAAACCGACACAGAGCGACUGGAAGAGGUUCUGAAGAGAAAUGAAAGUGUGGUGAGUAAAACAGCAAAGCCGCCCUCAGCAGCCAUCUUGGCAGUGUAUCUGGACAAGGCUGAGGCACUUCCUAUGAAGAAAGGCAAUAAGGAUCCCAAUCCGAUCGUUCAAAUCGGAGUGCAAGAUGUUACUCGUGACAGCCGGAUUUGCUGGAAUACGGUGAACCCCCAGUGGGAGGAUGCUUUCACUUUCUUCAUCAGAGAUCCAAGCAAGCAGGACAUUAACGUACAGGUGAAGGAUAAUGACCGUGUUCAGGUUUUGGGAAGUCUGUCCGUUCCUGUUUCCCGUCUUCUCUCUUGUCAAGAUCUGAAUUUGGAUGAGUGGUUCAAUCUGGAGAAUUCUGGUCCAAAGAGCCGCAUCCACAUCAACACAGUGCUCAGGGUGCUCUGGUUGAAUGAAGCCGCUGCAGCUGCCUCUCUCCUCUCCAGUGACCCUCUUUCAAAGAGUUCUGCCUCUCGUCCACAGAAGACGACGCCCCAUCCCAGCUUCGCCACUGAGGGGAUGCUGCGUAUCCACCUCGUGGAGGGUCAAAAUCUGGUCGCGAAGGACAAUCUUAUGGGUGGGAUGGUGAAGGGCAAGAGUGACCCGUAUGUCAAGAUCCAAGUCGGAGGUGAAACCUUUAAAAGUCAAGUGAUCAAGGAGAACCUCAACCCCGUCUGGAACGAGAUGUAUGAGGUGGUUUUGACGCAGCUUCCUGGUCAGGAGUUGACCUUGGAAGUUUUUGAUAGGGACAUGGACAUGAAAGAUGACUUUAUGGGCAGGCUGAAGAUGAAUCUGAGUGAUAUAAUUAGCUCCGAAUACAUUAACGAAUGGUUUACUCUGAGCGAUGUUAAGCGUGGCCGUGUUCAUCUCGCUCUGGAAUGGCUGCCCACUGUAACACAACCAGAGAAACUCCAGCAGGUGUUGCAGUACCAGUCAAAGAGCUCGUACCUGAAUAAGACAGUGCCGACUGCCGCUCUCUUGUUUGUGUAUGUGGAGCGCGCGCAUGAGCUUCCUUUGAAGAAGAGUGGAAAGGAGCCUAAAGUUGGUGCUGAGCUGGUUUUGAGAGGAACUUCUCAUAGAACCACGGUCUCUGACCGCACCAGCUCUCCCCAAUGGGACGAGGCAUUUCACUUCCUGGUUCGAGAUCCAUUGAAUGAAGACCUUGUUGUGAAGUUGUCCCACAAUUGGGACUUGUCUCUGGGAUCUGUGGUGAUUCCCAUCAAAGAGCUUCUCUCUGAAGCAGAUCUGAUGCUGGAUCAGUGGCUCGAUCUGGAUGGAGCGUCACCCCAGAGUCAGAUUCUGCUCAGAGCUCAGCUGAAGAUUCUUUGCCCUAAAGAGACGGAGAGCUCUGAAGACCAUGAGGAGCCCAAACAUCCUGAAGCGUCCAGCUUUAGAAGAAAACCAGAGGAGGAAUUAGUGCAGGAGUCUAGUAUUAAGGAGGUCCCACCAUCUCCUGUCAGCAGGACUUCCUCUGUGUCAGUCCCAGAAGAGGAGGAAGUCCCUGAGGUCACAGAGGUCCCAGAAGUUUCCAGUUCAGAUGACCUUCGACCCUUGCACACCAGCCCUGACCCCAGCUUUGGUGCCGAGGGCGUGCUCCGCCUCCACCUGCUGGAAGCUGAAGAUCUGGUAGCGAAGGACAAGAUGAUGGGAGGGAUGGUGAAGGGUAAGAGCGACCCGUAUGUUAAGAUCCAUAUCGGAGACAAAAUCUUUAAGAGUCAUGUGAUCAAGGAGAACCUCAACCCCGUCUGGAACGAGAUGUAUGAGCUGGUUCUGACCUCCAGGUCUACCUCUGAUGUCCUUCUGGAGGUUUUCGACAAGGAUAUGGACAAAGACGACUUUUUAGGGAGGCUGAAGAUCAGCUUACAGGAGAUCAUUCAGUCUCAGCUGACUGACGAAUGGUUUUCUCUGAAUGACGUCAAACAUGGCCGGGUUCACAUGAUUCUGGAGUGGCUGCCCACAGUCACACAACCUGACAGACUACAACAGGCUCUGCAGUUACAGUCAGAGCAUUCGUACCAGAACAAAUCUGUGCCGUCAGCUGCUCUGUUCUUCAUUCUCUUGGAGAGAGCUCACGACCUGCCGCUGAAGAAGAGUGGAAAGGAGCCCAAAGCUGCUGCAGAGCUGGUGUUAGGUGACAUUUCCCAUAAAACCAAGGUGUGUGAGCGCUCCACGUCUCCUGAGUGGAGAGAAGCGUUUCACUUCCUGCUUCAUAAGCCUACAGAGGAGAUUCUUAUUAUAAAGCUUUCAAGUGCCUUUGACCAGCCCUUAGGCUCAGUGGUUCUACCAAUCAGAGAGCUGCUUUCAAAACCAGAUCUACUGAUGGACCAGUGGUUGAGUCUGGAUGGAGCAGGUCCUGACACUCAGAUUCUGCUGAGGGCACAACUUAAGAUUUUGGCCUCAAGUUUGGAUACAAGUGUCCUUCAUCAUAAAAAGCCUGUUGUUGAAGAAGAGCAUUCAGUGGGGGAAGAGCAGGAAGAAAAAGCUCCAGUCACUGUUGAACACUCACAAGCUGCAGUCAGUAAAGAGUCUGAGAAGAAAACGCUGCCAACAAAAGGGGUCAGUGAACUGGCAGCCUCUACUUUAGCAAUUCCUGCUGUAUCACUGCCUGAAGAACAUCAGAAACAAACAGACGCCCAUGAUAUAGAUGACCAUCACACGCCAUCUGUACCCAAAACACAGCCUGCCACUGAGAAUCUCAGCAAAGUUCCUGAUUCCACUCCCAGUGAGGGUGGAUACAUGGAACCAGUCAAAACAUUUGGAUCAGCCCAUGAAGAGCAAAAACCAGAAGAGCUGUCUCACAAGAAGGUUUCCCCCAGUGCUCCUGCAGAGGAGUCAAAAGUCAGUAGUUCUGCAGACGUUCGACCCCAAAAGACCUGCCAUGACCCCAGCUUUGGCACCAAGGUGAGAGCUAUUGAUUUCUUCAUGUUAAACAGGUCUCACAAGAAGGUUUCCCCCAGUGCUCCUGCAGAGGAGUCAAAAGUCAGUAGUUCUGCAGACGUUCGACCCCAAAAGACCUGCCAUUACCCCAGCUUUGGCACCAAGGUUCCUAGAUCAGCAUACCAUUUUUUAGGUGUAGAUGGUAAGGAUGUUGGAACAUGUCCUACUUGGCAGGAUGACUUCAGUAUUCUUCUAAUGUUCAAGCUCAAACUUGGACAUAUCAUCAGUUCCCAGUACAAUGAUGAAUGGUUUACUCUGAAUGAUAUAAAACACGGUCGAGUCCAUUUGGUCCUGGAAUGGCUUCCCACCUCAACACAGCGGGAUAGAUUGGAUCAAGUAUUGCAGAUGCAAAGCUCUCAGACCUACCAGAACAAGUCUGUGCCAUCAGCAGCGUUGUUGUUUAUUUACUUAGAAAGAGCUCAUGAUCUGCCUUUGAAGAAAAGUGGAAAGGAACCCAAAGCCGCUGCUGAACUUGUACUUGGAGAAACAUCCUAUAAAACCAAGGUGUGUGAUCGCUCAUCUUCUCCGUACUGGAAUGAAGCAUUUGACUUUCUGGUUUAUGACCCCAAAAAAGACAUACUUGUCAUUAAGCUCUCAAGUGCCUGGGACCAACCCAUGGGCUCUUUGGUUAUACCAAUCAGAGAUCUGCUUUCAAAACCAGAUCUACUGAUGGACCAGUGGCUCGAUCUGGAUGGAGCUUCACCAAAGAGCCAGAUGUUACUCAGGGCACAGCUGAAGAUCUUGGAUUCAAAAAUGGCUGCCUUAGUGGCCAUGGGUUCAGGUCCUGUGUUGAGUAAUAAGCAGGCGGCCACCACCGGUCAGAUCAAAAUCUCCCUUUCCUUCCAGAAGAAGCUGACAGUGAUCAUCCAUGCGUGCAGGGGUCUGGUUACAUCAUCUAAGGACAGCUUAGACACCUGCGUCUCCCUCAUUCUGCUGCCGGAUAAAAGCAAGGCCACGAAAAGAAAGACGACUGUGAAGAAGAAAAAUCUGAACCCUGAGUUCAAUGAAAGGUUUGAGUUUGAUAUGAGUGUGGAGGACGCUCAGAGACGAGAGCUCAGCGUUUGUGUGAAAAACGCAUCCUCGUCCUUCAUGAAUCGAGACAAAGACAUGAUCGGCCAGGUGCAGAUAGACCUGGGACAUGUUGACUUAGUCUCUGGAGUCACAGAAUGGUUUGAUCUGAAAGAAGAGCAGAACUAGCUCUAACUAGAACACAGUGUUCUUGACCCGAGCACUUCACAGCCGACCUUAAACCUCUUCCUGAAGUUCAUCAGGUUAACUCUGCUGUCAUGUAUCGCUGCCAGUGCUUCCCUUCCAUAUUUUUUUAUAACUUCACAAACACACAUAUAUUUCUUUCCUCCGUCUAUUUAUCAACAGAUGAUUUUUGAGUGACCGGAUUAUAUAUUAUGAUUGAUCUUAGUGAUUUGAACAUAUUACUGCACUGACAAAUCAAGUUUAGAGUAUUACAUCAGAACUGAUAUAUAAAUUGGUGAUAUCUGUAUAAAUCAGUAUCAGACGACUGAAUGCUAGCCGUAUGUAUUUACAGAGAUGUUGAGUAGGUGUCUGGAAAGAGUCUCGUCUUCCUGUGCAGGUUGCAGGACGCUGCAUUUGUGUUUAAAUUCAGAAGGAAAAGGAUGUUUUAAAAUGGGUUUCAUGUUUUGUUGUUUUUAAACCAAAGAAAUAUUUCUUUUUCUUUAUUGAAAACGACAGGAUACAAUCCUAGGUCUAAAUGUACACAUUUUUGAAGGAUAAUAAUUGACAAAAAUUUGUGCACCAAAAAUAUAAAGUGGUGUUAUUUAGUCUACACAUCACCACUUAAAAACGAUUUAAGAUAUUUAAUGUGCUGUCACCACAAUAUUUGUGUUGCAUUUGGAGAAUUAGCUGCUGUUUACACAUUCAUGUGGCUUAUGCAGCUUCUGUAGUCCAUUGUGAUGCCAAAUAUCUAGAAACGAUGACUUUAAAGCUUGCAUGUUACAUUGUUUGAUUUUAGAUUUUGAGUUAUUUUGUGGUCAUUUUUAUUUGCAGUCAUUUAUGACAGUCUAUACAUAAGGUUCCCAUACUUGUGAAAACCUUGAAACAACAGGGAAUUUAAAUAGAUUUCCAGGCCUGCAAAAAUCAUGGAACAUCAUAAAAUGUUAAAAGUCCCUGACAUUUCUAAAGUGAGUGUAAAUUUCUGGUUAUGCUUGGACAUUGAGUUUCAGAGUCAUAUGCGUUGAAUCAAAUGCAUUGAGCUGCAUUCAGAUCUCAGGCUCUAUUUUUUUUCUGUUUGGAGACUUUUGUACUCAAUGUAUGGUUGUUUAAAUCACUUCGUUCCAAUGAUUGGUACCCGAGUUACAAAUGAAACUCUAGUAAUGUCUAAAAUGAUUUGAAUGAUACUUAAUCACUAAUAGUUGGAUAUCGUGAUUAAAAGUUAAAAGCGUGGGAACCCUGUACAAGAGCUAGACCAAAAGUAAAUGCUUUUGCUUAGCUUUGUUCACAUUGUCAUGAUUUUUCAUGUUUACAAUAUACUUAAUCUAGAACUACCAUUCAAAAGUUUG